CCCAGGCCGGUGCCUGCCUCUCGCGACGAAGAUUUUGCUCCUGGCAGACCGCCAGAGGCAUGUCGAGAUGAAGCAGAAUCACUUCGUAGCCGCACUUGCGCACUUUGGCAAGGGUUUGACGGCGCACUUUCUCCUCUGUGGACGGCGCUUGGCCAGCUUAUCGUAACUGAGGCGUUUGAAACCUCUGUCGCGAAUGGCUUUGGCAAUAGUACUCUUGCCGGAACCCUGGGUGCCGACAAGCAUGAUGUAACGACGCUGGCAGGGAGCUUAUCAGUCGGCUGGUCACCUGAUAGGCAAUGGCUGCCAGAACGGCGGUCACAGGCAAG